ACGAGGACCACGACAAUAACAAACCCAGGCAGCCAGACUGGGACUCAUUACAUCAGACUCGGGAACAGUUGGGCCAAUUGGGUAGUUAGAGUACUCGUUAACAACACUUGUGGCGUAUCAUGGAUUGGUUAAGAAGAUUUAUUGGCUUUCAUGAUAGAUCCCAACAAGAUGCCAACCCACUUAGGAACCCUACGUGGGAGGAGAUUAGAAGAUCUGAAGGGACACCACCUUCAGCUGGUCCAUUUGUGGGUGGUGAUGAUGAUUUUACCCCCUUUAAAGAUUUUGAAAGCUCCUACUCCUCAUUAUUUAAUGAAAUGGAUAACAUGCUCAGGCAGUUCAAUAUGAUGAUGGAAGAUUUUCAGCGUCAUCCUGGCCAGGUCAUCACGAAGCUGCCAGCAAUUGAUGAAGAUCCGUCAGAUCAUAAGUCACCUCGUGAUUUCCUACUGAAAGAGCCAGACAGCGAACCAUCCGAAGAUUCCAAUAAUCCACCUGAUGGACACACUCCUCAUCACCCAUAUUCUCCCUACUUUGGACCCACUCAUCCUUACUCUGGCCCAGCAGAUGAUGAUGAUGAUGGGGAGAAUGAUGGCUACCAUGAUGAAUUCCACAGGUUUGGUGGAGGAUUUGGUAUACAGGUAUUUGACCCACACCGUAUGAUUGAUGAUUUCUUCAAGGACUUUGGUGGAUGGAACUUUGGAGAGAUGCAGCCUUUUGGAGAAAAUCCAGAUUCUCAUGCCUUGCCUGGGCCUGGAACAGACUCUGGCGGACACAGUAGAGAUUCUCUCAUAAAGAAAGAGGACACAGAUCUUGAUGACAGGAUUACAGGAGGCCUUUCUCAGCUGUUGAAAGAGGAAAAGGGACCCAGUUACUCCUAUGAUGCCCCACCAACAAGUCCAGAUUCAAGUGUUCCAAACGUUAUUCAACCAGAGACAGACCGAUCUCAACCAGGAAUUAGAGGGAGUUACAGGUCAACAUCUAUUGUUAGAAUUCGACGGUCUGACGGAACCAUUGAGGAGACUAAAAGGUACACAGACAGCAGCGGUCGUGAAGAGGUGAUAGUGACACACUCACAGCCAGAUAAUGGUAGUGGAUCUGGUCCUCUUCAACAACCUGGUGAACUAGAAGGAGCCAAUAGCCAUGAUGGAUACUGGCCUUUCAUCUUCUCCAAGAUCUUUACACGAUAGAUACUGAGUUUUUGCUAAGAUCCAGCUGCCAACAAAAGUGAUCGAUUUAACUGUUGGUGUGGGCUGGUCCAAAUUGCUUCUUGAAUAAAUCUUUUCAGAUAUACACCUAAUUUCAUUAAUAACUAAGCAUAGUCAUCACUUUGAGUCACUGUAGUUUGUCCUCUUUGUUUUUGUGAUAUGCAGCUUCAUAUAUCUUUGCUGGGCUUCCUACUUGAACAUUUAUGAAGACUUUGUUAAUGAACUGUUGGAUCAUUGUCUCUUGUCUAGCAUAAAUCUUCUUAUUUCUAUGAUGAUACUGUACUGCACUGGGUCUUGUGUGUGUGGUGUCAUUUUUCAAGAAUCUCCAUAAGUCAUUUAAACAGUCAUGAUUAAAACUUUUUAUUCUACAUGUGCUGAAAGGUGUUUGCUUUGUGUCCAACAUAAAUUUUAAAGUUAAGAUAUUUGGUGAAGAGUCAUUGGACAAUGUGUUCUUUAAGGAGUAUGGUAUAGUUCAUGAAACAAGUGUUAAUGAAUAUAGCAACUUUAUACUGGAUAUCCUUUAUAUGGUAAUAGUCUUUAAAAAGAUUAAAUGUAUUUACUUUUGAGAAAUUUAAGGAAUCAUCACAAAGAUCAUGUUUGAGGUCAUUAGUCCUCUUACAUAAGCAGCUGUUUAGCCAAGUUGUAUCUGGAUUUUGCAAAAGUUUCAGAAUAUAUUGUUCUGUAAAUAACUGUCCAUCGACUUCUUUUGUCUGGUGUGUUUGUACAUAAACAUGUAUUAUACAUUAUAUGUAUGGAUUACUAUGAAGCAGUUUACAAAACUGAUUAAAUAAUAAAGUUGUUAUGAUUUAGGAUGAAUAUGUCACAGUACAGUACUGUCUUAGCUAAAACCUUUUCAUUUGCCAGAUAUUCUUGCACAAUACGAUGUAGACCUUUGUUGUUGGGGGCUCGAAAUUAUCAUUAUUACAAUAUGUGAAAGCUAUUGGAAAUGUUUGGAAAGGUUCUUUUCUGUUGGAGUUAUACUUUUCAUAUUUAUAUACCCUGUACUGUACCAUCAUAUUUACAGUCAUUGUGCAUGUGGUGGUGUCCAGCAUUUGUUAACUUUUAACUUCUUUGUUUAUAUGCAAUAAUUUUUUUUAAUAUUAGAAGAAAUUUACUGUAGAAAAAAAAGAGAGGUAAUUUUACCUUUUUUAUUGUGUUAGCUUUUAUGGUUCCAGGAUUGUACAUCGUAGAUUAAAAAAAAAUCUUUAUUGUGGUUUUCAACAGAUGGUGAGCUUUCUUGCUCCAGUUGGUAAGGAUAUCGUAUUUAUUGUUUAAUUUAGCUACAGUGGUCCCUCGUUUUGCGUGGGCGUAACGCUCCUGAUAUUACCACGAAAGAGCAAAACCGUCAUUACUAUAACCAUGAAUACUAUUUUCUGGAUUUUCACUUACCAUGUAAUACUCAAUAUUAUAACCUAUAACCUUCCCCGAUCACUUGUGUGGCCUUAAAUGUGUUCCUAAUGAUCUGUAAACCUCUUUCCCUCUCACACAUCAUUAAAUAACAUGUAAAGACAACAUAAUAAAGAUGCAAAUAAAAAUGAA